AUGUUCUGUAACAGUAAGAGAUUCUUGAAAAGCAAUGGAGUCAGCCUCUUCUUGAGCAGGCCCAUCAGUCUGUUCAGGAGUCAGCCUCUUCUUGAGCAGGCCCAUCAGUCUGUUCAGGGAGUCAGCCUCUUCUUGAGCAGGCCCAUCAGUCUGUUCAGGAGUCAGCCUCUUCUUGAGCAGGCCCAUCAGUCUGUUCAGGAGAGUCAGCCUCUUCUUGAGCAGGCCCCAUCAGUCUGUUCAGGAGUCAGCCUCUUCUUGAGCAGGCCCAUCAGUCUGUUCAGGAGUCAGCCUCUUCUUGAGCAGGCCCAUCAGUCUGUUCAGGAGAGUCAGCCUCUUCUUGAGCAGGCCCAUCAGUCUGUUCAGGAGUCAGCCUCAGGCCCAUCUCUGUUCAGGAGUCAGGAGCCCCCAUCAGUCUGUUCAGGAGUCAGCCUCUUCUUGAGCAGGCCCAUCAGUCUGUUCAGGAGGAGUCAGCCUCUUCUUGAGCAGGCCCAUCCAGUCUGUUCAGGAGUCAGCCUCUUCUUGAGCAGGCCCAUCAGUCUGUUCAGGAGUCAGCAGCCUCUUCUUGAGCAGGCCCAUCAGUCUGUUCAGGAGUCAGCCUUCUUGAGCAGGCCCAUCAGUCUGUUCAGGAGUCAGCCUCUUCUUGAGCAGGCCCAUCAGUCUGUUCAGGAGUCAGCCUCUUCUUGA